UGUGUUGUGUUUCUUCAUUGUCGCUUUUGUGAAUCUAUUGCUCAUUUUGACUGCUGUUGUGGCUUUAAAAGAGAACGUUUUCUCUCGCCAGCAAGGCUAAAAGAGCUGUUACGUUCGCCAGUAAUGAGUAAGGCCAUGUAUUAUCGCUUUAGUAUUAUUUUCGUGACGAUCGUCAUGACGUCGAACUGGAAUGUGCAGUCAGUCGAAGGCGAAAGUUGCUCCAAUGACAAGGGUUGUACAGGAGUCUAUAGAAAAUGCUGCAAUAGAAAGUGUAUUAUGCGCAAAUACUGUGAUAACUAUUGCCUAUWCACCAAGGACUGUGCACAGAAAGAAACUUGUGUAAACAAAAAAUGCAUGAAAUCUUGUACUUAUACACACGACUGUGUGUGGCAAGGUUACAAGGCUUGUUGUGAUAAAAUAUGCAGUCUUCGUAAGUAUUGUCAUAACUUCUGCCAGUCAAAAGAUGAUUGUACMCCGGAGGAAUACUGCAUUGGUAAAAAAUGUACUAAAACUCUUCCCUYSAAUUAUUGUGAUUCAAUGCAUGAUUGUUCAUCGAACCAAGACUGCAAAGAUAGCCUAUGUGUUUCUAAGUGUAACUGUGGGCAUAAYGAAGAAUGUAUAGGUGGAAAAUGUGAAAAGGAGUCAUCAUCAUUCUCUACUGCAUCAAUUGUUGGGUUUAUGGUUGUUGUUAUCGUCGGAAGUUGUAUUGCAUGCGUAGUGUACUGUGGAUGUGCAAGGACAGCUGGACGACAAACACGCCAACCACAACAGCAACAACAACAGCAACAACACUUGCAAUUGAGCACUAGAGGUACUGGUUCUGAUGUUAURCCAGAAACAACUGGAGAACCUGAAAGUCCCCCUAUACUCCCUGGUGGACCUCCUCCUUACCAUUCACUGGAAAGGCUUGAUGGGACUGCAGAAUUACCUCCCCCUCCUACUUAUGCAGAAGCUGUGAGAGAUUCUCAUAAAACUUUAAAUGUGGUUUGAUUGUAUUUAGAAACCAUUGUAUGGGGAAGGGGAGGGGAGUUUGAAUGAAUUAUUAUUGACAGUUUUUUCUCCCCCUCCCCCCUAAUUUUUCUACAUGUUUAUAGGGUCUGACUAAUUCAAAAAAUAGCAGUGACUUGACAUAAUGUUGUUCUAGAUAAUGACUAGUAGAGCUAAUUUCAUAUGACUG